CUAUGGUUAAUAUCUACAGUUUGCCAGAAGAGGUCACCAGGGGCCCUUCAAUAUAAGCUUCAAACCAAUCACGUUUGAUAUUGCCUUAGUGAAGGGUGCGCAACAAAAUUAUGCAGGGAUGUAAAUCUCCAGGUGCAAGUCUGGGGAGCCCUGGUCUAGGAAAAUGAGUGCAAAUACGUGUAUUCAGAAAUGCAUGCAAGUCAAAUUCUGAAGUGAAUUACAUCUAAUGUUCUUCGCUGCAUACAACCAACCACAGACCCAACCUCUAAUAUAAAUUUGGAGGUCAAAUAAGGCGACAUUCAACAUACAUUUCCACACUCGUAUCACACUAUGAUCCUGUAAUCUGACAGGUGGGGUGUUGGAGGAAUAUUCACUGUUCUAGUUUAGUGAAGGAGGGAGUAAUAAAAAAAAUAAUAAUAAUAAUAAUAAAAAAAUAAAUAAAUAAAAUAAUCAACAACAAAAACCUGGUAGAAGGAGUUACGGUGGAAUUAUACUUUCGUUUCUUAUCAGGAAGAAGUGAAAAUGAGAAGAAAAAAAAGAGAGAGAAAAAAAAGAAGAUGCGGUUUAGGGAGAGCCCAGCCUGGGUUUAGCCUCCUCUGACGUCAAGAAUGUUUAUAAGCGCUCAGAAUGAGUGAAGAGGUCCUUUUACACGCCAUGAGCGGCAGAGGAAAGAAAGUCGAUGAGAGACCAAGAGCUAAAGCUCCAGGGUCCGGCCGGAGAAAAAGCUCAGCAAAGGCUGAGGAGCAGAAAAGGGCAAGCGCGGACGUGGAAGCACCAACGGAGGUAAAGAAAAAGCCGGAGCAACAGAAAAAGGGAGAGGAAAAGAAACAUGCAGACAACAAAGCGAGAGGCGGCGCGCAGCCCCGGGACACACGACCGCCCGCUUCCAGCGAACCUCUCUGCGCGUCUAACGACCAGCCAUGUAUUGCAAAAAGUGCAGAGGUGAAAAAAGUCCCCAGAGGUCCACCGAAGAAAGGCAACAGCAUGGACGGCAAUCCAGCCAGAAUUCUCCAGGACACCCUUGAAAAGUUAAAGAUAAGGAAAAAUCAGAAAAACGAGGUGGCGAAAUACGUGAAUGACAUCCAUGGGGCUAUAAAUAAACAUGUGGAAGUGAGUCUGAGCUGGUGUAAAAGAAUCCAGGUGCUCAAGACAGGAAGCUAUUACGAAAACGUUAAAAUUUGUGAGUGUGAUGAAUUCGACUUGAUGCUGGCCGUCUCCGUGGAGAGAGUGGACAUCCAGCCUUUCGGAGAGGACGGCGCCUUCUACAGCGUGGCAGUGAAGCGCCAUUCGAAACAUCCUUUAGACAGAUUCCUCAACGAAGACAAAACCAUCAAGGCCAGUGAAAUGCUCAAAGAAUUCAGGGAUAAAGUGAAGGAAGCUGCAGCCAAACUACCGUAUGAUGUCACCGUUGACAGGAAAAAGCAGGGCUGCCCAGCUGUGACCCUGCAGGUGAAGAAGGGUGACACGCUCAUCUCUCUGGACUUUGUCUUGGGGCUGGAGGUGCACAGCUCAAGCUGGCCCCAUUUCACAAAUGACGGAUUUAAAAUCGACAACUGGCUUGGCAAAAAAGUGAAAAGGGAUUUAAAGUACAAACCCUAUUAUUUGGUGUCCAAAUACCAGGGAAGAGGCACAAGAGAACAAGAUGGGGUCAUCGCCAAGGACGCAUGGCGCAUCUCUUUUUCACAUGUGGAGAAGGAAAUACUGAAAAACCACGGCCAUUCCAAGACCUGCUGCGAGAGCCAACCAUGCUGCAGGAAGCAGUGUCUGAAGCUGCUGAAGUACCUGGUGCAAAGGCUGAAGGAGAUGUACCCAAAGGAGGCAGCUAAGCUGUGCUCGUACCAUGCCAAGACCACCCUGCUCCAUGCAUGUGCAAACCGUGUGGAAGACAGUGAAUGGGCUGCUGACCAACUCAGUCACUGCUUCCAGCUGCUCCUCCACGACUUCGAAGAGCACCUGAGGAAACAACAUCUGCCCAACUUCUUCGUUCCCUCGCACAACCUUCUGAAGUCGGCCGGCAUGGACAAAAAAAGCUGCAAUUUACUGGCGGACUACAUAGAGUACGAGCGCAACAACGGCUUUCCUCUGUUCCGCUGAGUCAAGCUCGCUUCAGAGGUGUGUACUUCAUAAAUGUACACAACUGCAGUACUUAGAGUAAUUGUACAUCUAUUUUACUUAAGAUUAUUUUUGUGUAUUUCAUAUAGUGGAUAAUAGUUUUUUUUAACUUCACAUUUGUCUCUGCUUUGAAAACAAAACAAAACAAAAAACAACCAACCACUAGAGGUUAAUUUAGAGAUGUUUAUUUCAAUAUAACAACCAAAACA